AAGCAGCUGAAGGUCAGCCUCGUCCUCAGCCUUCCUCUGGUCUUCCAGUUCUGCCUCGGGGACAACGUCACCGACGACUACGACUCCAACGCCACCAUCGACUACAGCCUCUUCGAGACGCCCUGCGAGAAGCAGGCGGUGAGGGACUUCCGAGCUGCCUUCCUCCCGGCCAUGUACUCCCUCAUCUGCCUCACAGGGCUGCUGGGCAACGGCCUGGUGAUGCUCACCUACGUCUACUUCAAGAGGCUGAAGACCAUGACGGACAUCUACCUGCUGAACCUGGCCCUGGCGGACAUCCUCUUCCUGCUGACCCUGCCCUUCUGGGCCGCCAGCGCCGCCCUGCACUGGCUCUUCGGGGAGGCUGCCUGCAAGGCUGUCUACUGCCUCUGCAGGGUCAGCUUCUUCAGCGGGAUGCUGCUGCUGCUGGCCAUCAGCAUCGACAGGUACUUCGCCAUCGUCCAGGCCGCCUCCGCCCACCGCUUCCGGCCCCGCAUGGUCUUCCUCAGCAAAGUCACCUGCAGCCUGGUCUGGCUCUUAGCCUUCAUCCUCUCCACCCCGGAGCUGGUGCACAGCGGAGUCAACCUCUCCGGCAGCCUCCCGCGCUGCGCCCUCAUCGCCAGCGACCUGCAGAGCUUCAGCGCCGGCGUUAAGGCGUCCCAGAUGGUCUUCGGCUUCCUGGUUCCCCUGCUGGUCAUGUCCGUCUGCUACCUCAUCAUCAUCAGGACGCUGCUGCAGGCUCGCAACUUCGAGAAGAACAAAGCCAUCAAGGUGAUCAUCGCCGUGGUCGUCGCCUUCGUGGCCUUCCAGCUGCCCUACAACGGCGUCAUGCUGGCCAAGACCAUCUCGGCCUUCAACCACACCAGCUCCUGCGAGGAGAGCAAGAAGCUGGACGUGGCAGACGACGUGACCUACACCCUGGCCUGCUUCAGGUGCUGCCUCAACCCCUUCCUCUACGCCUUCAUCGGCGUCAAGUUCCGCCACGACCUCUUCAAGCUGCUGAAGGAGCUGGGCUGCCUCAGCCAGCAGCGCCUCUGGCAGCUCACCGCCUGCCGCGACACCAAGAGGUCCUCCCUGGCCAUGGAGACAGAGACCACCACCACCUUCUCCCCCUGA